AUGUCUGACCAGAAGCCUAAGGCUGGGAAGUUGUCCCUGUUGGGGCUUAUUAAGGAGGUGUUUAAUUGGUAUCCCUCAUCGUAUCCCUCCGAGGAGAGAAAAUUGUUGUUCAAGCUGGACUUGUCUAUUUUGAUUUUCGCAUGUUUAUGCUUUUUCGUCAAAUAUCUCGAUCAAACUAAUAUCAGCAAUGCCUACGUCAGUGGAUUGAAAGAGGAUUUUGGUCUAUAUGGCAAUGAACUCAAUUACUUCAACGUCUGUUACUAUACAUCAUACGUGGUAUUCCAGAUCCCAGGUCUACUGUUAAUGUCACGACCAAAGCUUGCUCGCUGGCUCCUCCCAACUCUAGAAAUCCUGUGGGGGAUUUGCACAUUCGCCCAAAGCCGAGUGACCGAUGUAACCCAGCUCUAUGCUCUUCGUGUCCUGGUCGGCGCUCUGGAAGCACCCGUAUUUGCUGGAACACAUUUCAUCCUCGGUAUGUCUCCGAAUGAAGCUCAACACUGCCGUGUAACUGACGAACCUCAAGGAUCCUGGUAUACGGGCCCAGAAUUAUUCAAACGAGCUGGAACUUGGUUCAUCUGUAACCCACUGGGUACCAUGGUUAGUGGGUAUCUCCAAGCAUCUGCCUAUACCAAUCUCUCUGGUGUAGGGGGCAUGCCGGGAUGGAGAUGGUUGUUUAUCAUUGAUGGGAUCUUCACUAUUCCCGUGGCUCUGAUUGGGUUUAUCAUCUUCCCUGGUAUCCCCGGCUCCCCUAGGCCAUUUUACUUGACAGAAGGGGAUCUGGCAUUGGCCCAAGAGAGAACGAAGAGAGCGAAGAUUCGCCAGCCUGGAAAGAUGAGUGUGGACGUGUUCAAGAGGACUUUCAAGAGAUGGCAUAUUUGGGUCUUCAUCUCUUGUUAUGCGUGCAUGAUCAUCUGCUCGUAUCCCAGCAGUUAUAUGAGUCUGUGGCUCAAAGCUGAAGGGUAUUCUGUAACUCAGAUUAACCAACUGCCCACGGUGACCUAUGCCAUUAAUAUUGUGGCUUCCUGGCUAGGGACGACAUUGGCAGCGAUCUAUCCCGAAUGGAUCAUCUAUACCAUCGCGUCUGUAUGCUGUCUCUUUUCGACCUUGUGCAUGAUCAUUUGGAACAUUCCCACCACGCUGAAAUUCGUGGCAUGGUAUCUUCUUGGCGCCGCUGGAUGCUUAAGUCCAAUCUUAUACUCCACCAUCAACAUCAUAUGUCGAGAUGAUGCAGAGGAGCGGGCUCUCAUCAUGGGAGCCAUGAUGUCCUUUGGAUAUUCCUUCAACAUUUGGGUUCCAUUACUGGCGUAUCCGACUGCUGGGCCUGACGGUGCACCCCGAUGGCGAAAAGGCUGGCCUGUCUCGUUUGUCUUCUUCUUCCUGCUCUGGGCUGGCUUUAUGGCUUCCAUUGUAAUAUGGAGACAGGCACCGACACCAGGGCUACCCCUCCAACUGCCCGCAACUGCGCUGCGCAACAACGCGACUACAACACCCAACACCCAGUCAACCAUGCCUAUCCCCAUCACAAUAGUGACCGGAUUCCUGGGCUCAGGGAAGACAACCAUCCUCCUAAACCUAAUCCCGCAACUCCCAAAAACCUACAAACUCGCACUCCUGAAGAACGAAUUCGGCGACGUAGCCAUCGACUCCCAACUCGCCUCUACUCAAUCAAUCAGUGGUGUCCGCGAACUCCUCAACGGCUGUAUCUGCUGUAAUCUCGUCGGUCAACUCAGCGAUGCCCUCGAACAACUCCGCACCGAGGUCAACCCGGACCGCAUCGUCAUCGAAACGAGCGGCAGUGCGUUCCCCGCUACGCUUGCGAUGGAGGUGAAUCGGCUGGCGCGUGAGGGAGGGGAUUUUAUCCUCGAUGGCGUUAUUAGUGUUAUUGAUGUGGAGAAUUGGGAGGGGUAUGAGGAUACUUCGUACACGGCUAAGAUUCAGGCGAAGUAUACGGAUUUGAUUGUUUUUAAUAAAUGGGAGGAUUUGCCGGAGAAGUUUGAUAUUGCGCUGGAUCGGGUUGGGGAUUUGGAGAUUGAGACGCCUUGGGUUAAGUCUCAGAAGGGGAGGGUGGAUAUGGAUGUUUUGCUUGGGAUUGAUGGGGCUUUGUUUAAGGAUGCUGAAGCUGAAAAGGAGCAUGAUCAUGACCAUGAUCAUAAACAUGAUCAUCAGUCUGAGGUGGAGGUCUUGUCUGUUGUGUUGAAGUCUGCUGAGGCUGUGGAUGUGGGUGCAUUGGAGAAGUUCCUUGCGAUUGCGCCUAGGGAAGAGGUUUAUCGCAUCAAGGGGACGCUUCGUUGCUCGAAUGGGGACCUUCCUGUUGAAACUUCGGAUGAUAUGCAGAAGCGUGAGAAGAUUGAUACACCCGGGUCUCAGCAUUAUAUUCUGAACUGGGCGUUUGGACGCUGGACAUGCACUCCCUCCACUGUGGUUGCUGAGUCUGCGGAUCCGACCGUUGCUGCUCGUGUCACUUUGAUCCUGGCUCGGUAUGAGUCCACGAAGUGGAAGAAGAAGCUUGAAGCCGGUGGUCUGAUUCAAACUGCCGAGGGGGCAGACUUGACUGUGGAGCGUUUGGUCUAG